UUGAAGUUUCCCAAUCAUGAUCACUUAUACUUAUCAUGUUUUAUUAAGAAAGCAGAAAUUCUUCUCGCUCAUCCAUCAACUUCGUCAUUCCUUGGCGUACCAAUCAGGAAUAAUCCAACAGCCAGGAGGAGCUUCAAGUCAUUAGUUGAAUGGAUGAGAUCUGUUGGUAUUCCUCAACUCUAUCGCAUACAUUUGGCGUUUUUCUAUAUCUUCGGAGUCUACUACAAUAUCUCUCGCCGGGUCUCUGGUAUCAAGUACUUGUCCCUUAAUCCUCAGAGCGAUCUGAAGGCUUUGAAAGUGUACAAGUUUCUUGGCUAUUUGACACUCACUCAGACCGCACUAAGCCUUAUUCUAUGGGUAGUGUCUACCCUGGGAGCGGAAAGGAAUUCUCUGACGUCUUUGAAGAAUUCCAACGAUGAGAAGGAGGGCGAUAUCUCUCACCCUUGGUUCAAAUGUUCGGUUUGUUUGGAAAGUAAAUCACCUUCAGCAACGUCUUGUGGCCAUCUUUUCUGUUGGACCUGCAUACAGGAGCACGCAUGGACUGGAGACGGUGAAGCACGCUGUCCACAUUGUAGGGCUUUGUUCGAGCCAUCUCAAGUCAUGUGGCGGCAGCCGGCUCGCCAUUUCUGCAAUGACGUUUGCCAUCAUCCCGAACUGUAUUUCUCAGGUAUCCAACCAACUGGUGUUCCCCAUCUUGGGAACUACUUUGGCUUUAUCGAACCAUGGACAAAACUCCAAAAAGAUCUUCCUUCUAGCACAAAAAUGAUCUUGGCUGUAGCCGAUCAGCAUGCGAUCUCCCUUGGCCCGAAGCCUCCCACGGAGGUAAGAGAACUUUCUCCAUAG